CAAAAAAGAAUUAGAAGAGCUGGUUCGGGUAACGGACGAAAUUCCCAAUCUCACCAUCAUCAUCACUCUCAAUUCAAUCUCUCUCUCAUUAACCCAAAACUUUUUAACAUCUUCGUAACGGCUCUAUUAAUCUCUUCUCUCUCUUUCUCUACACAUUGAAACACUUCUCGAUCUAGGUUUCUAAAUUUACUUCUCUCUAUCUUCUUCUUCUUCAAUCUACUCGCGAAAGUUUCAGUCACAGAUUCAAUCGAUUAAACUUCCAAAUUCAAUCAUCAGUUCUGGAAAAUCUUCGAGAAAUCUCCCGUUUCAGGCUGAAGCAUUUCGAAAUGGCUACUAUUCAAAAAGAUCCGAUUCUUCAAGUAGAGACAACUUGUGGAUCUCUCUUAUACGAACUCCAGGUUUUUGGGAGAAGAAAAGUUGAUCAAGCGAAUCGAUGUAGAGCUCAGCUAAGGCAAGCAAUUGCUGAUGCUGAAGCAGAGCUAGCUACAAUCUGUUCUGCUAUGGGGGAACGUCCUGUUCAUAUUAGACAGUCUGAUCAAAGCGUUGGAAGCUUGAAGCAAGAGCUUGGUACGAUUCUUCCUGAACUUGAAGAGAUGCAAAAGAGGAAAAUUGAAAGAAGGAACCAGUUCGUUGUUGUCUUGGAGGAAAUAGAUAGUAUUGCUAAUGAUAUUAAAGGUCAAGGAGAACUUGUUCACUCUAAACCACUUAUCGAUGAGACUGACUUGUCUAUGAGAAAGCUUGAAGAGUUACACUGCCAGCUGCAAGCACUUCAGAAGGAAAAGAGUGAUCGUGUGGAGAUGAUUCGAAAGCACUUGUGUACAUUAAGAAAAGUUGAUCAAGCGAAUCGAUGUAGAGCUCAGCUAAGGCAAGCAAUUGCUGAUGCUGAAGCAGAGCUAGCUACAAUCUGUUCUGCUAUGGGGGAACGUCCUGUUCAUAUUAGACAGUCUGAUCAAAGCGUUGGAAGCUUGAAGCAAGAGCUUGGUACGAUUCUUCCUGAACUUGAAGAGAUGCAAAAGAGGAAAAUUGAAAGAAGGAACCAGUUCGUUGUUGUCUUGGAGGAAAUAGAUAGUAUUGCUAAUGAUAUUAAAGGUCAAGGAGAACUUGUUCACUCUAAACCACUUAUCGAUGAGACUGACUUGUCUAUGAGAAAGCUUGAAGAGUUACACUGCCAGCUGCAAGCACUUCAGAAGGAAAAGAGUGAUCGUGUGGAGAUGAUUCGAAAGCACUUGUGUACAUUGUAUUCACAUUGUUCAGUACUUGGAAUGGACUUCAAUGAGGUUGUUGGCCAAGUGAAUCCUACAUUGAGUGAUCCAGAAGGACCAAGAAGCUUAAGCGAUCAUACAAUCGAGAAACUGGGGGCUGCAGUUCAAAAGCUGAGGGAGGUCAAGAUACAGAGAAUGCAGAGGCUUCAAGAUCUAGCAACAACCAUGUUGGAGCUCUGGAAUUUGAUGGAUACACCCAUAGAAGAGCAACAAGAGUAUCAGCAUAUUACCUGCAAUAUAGCUGCAUCAGAACAUGAAAUAACUGAAGGCAAUAGUCUCUCUGAAGACUUCAUUAAAUAUGUUGAGGCAGAAGUUGUUCGAUUGGACGCUGUCAAAACAAGCAAAAUGAAAGAACUUGUUUUCAAGAAAAGGUCAGAACUGGAGGAUAUAUGUAGGAAAACCCACUUGUUGCCAGUGUCAGACAGUGCUAUAGAUCAGACUGUAGCGGCGAUAGAAUCUGGUAUUGUGGAUGCUACAAUGGUCCUGGAGCAUCUUGAGCAACAUAUAUCUAAGAUCAAAGAGGAAGCUUUAAGCCGAAAGGAGAUACUAGAAAGGGUUGAGAAAUGGUUAUCUGCCUGCGAUGAAGAAAGUUGGCUUGAAGAAUACAACAGGGAUGAUAACCGAUACAAUGCUGGACGAGGGGCUCAUCUUACUCUCAAGCGUGCUGAGAAAGCUCGUAAUCUUGUUAACAAGCUUCCAGGAAUGGUUGAAGCACUGGCCUCGAAGACUAUUGUUUGGGAACAAGAAAAGGGGAUUGGAUUUCUCUAUGAUGGUAUCCGUCUCCUUUCUAUGCUUGAGGAGUAUAAUUUACUGAGGCAGGAAAGAGAAGAAGAACACCGUCGCCAACGGGAUCAGAAGAAGCUUCAAGGACAGCUCAUUGCAGAACAAGAGGCUCUUUACGGGUCCAAACCGAGCCCAUCUAAACCCCUUGGUGGUAAAAAGGCUCCAAGAAUGUCGACCGGUGGUGCAACCAACCGAAGACUUUCCUUAGGAGCAGGAAUGCAUCAGACUCCUAAGCCUAACAAGAAAGCAGAUCAUCGACAGAAUGAUGGAGCUUUAUCAAAUGGAAGAAGAGGGCUUGAUAUUGCAGGGCUUCCCACAAGGAAACAGUCAAUGAAUCCUUCUGAGCUGUUGCAAUCUCCAUUAGUUCGCAAACCAUUCUCGCCCAUUCCGACUACGGUGGUUGCAUCAAAGGCCAACAUAGCAACAACAACCCAACAACAUCUGAAACACAACGCAGUGAAUGAGAUGUCAUCGUUUGCAACUCCUGUCAAGAACAACAACAACAACAACAUUCUUAGGAAUUUGGAAGAAGAGAAGAUGAUGACUAUGAUGAUGCAAACACCGAAGAACGUUGCUGCUAUGAUUCCAGUCCCAUCAACACCAGCAACAAUCUCUGUUCCAAUGCAUACCGCACCAACACCAUUCACCACCAAUGCAAGAUCAAUGUCAAUGUCUGAAAAGCCUGAAGUUUUGGAGUAUUCGUUUGAGGAACGAAGACUCGCCUUCAUGCUACAGUCUGAAUGUGGUUUGGUUUGAUGACUUUGAUCAUCCUUUUGGUUUCACAAUCUGAAGUUGUUUUAUUUGUAAAACUCAAAUUGAAUGUGGUUUGGUUUGUAAAAAGGUCAAUUAUAUGAUUGGCUUUUUCUUUUAAGUAGUCAUUUUAUACA